AUGUGGAACUCUACCACGACUUCUGCAGCUCAAGCGAAUGCUAGUGCCUCUACUAACGAUCCUAAAGAACAACAGGCGAGUACUACGAUAACUGCAAAGCGUCUCAAAAUUUCCCAUUUGAAUUCUACUGAAAUAAAUAAUACUUGGGAGUUUUUUCAGUCAUUAGAAUCGGAUACAUCUAACGACACAGGAACGGAAUCACUCACAUGGAUCUCUUGGUUCUGCACACUUCCCGGCCACGAAUACUUUGCUGAGGUUGCUGAAGACUUCAUUGAAGAUGAUUUUAAUUUAACUGGUCUAAGUUCAGUGGUUCCGUUCUAUAAGGAAGCACUCGAAAUGAUUUUAGAUGUCGAAUCUGAAGAAGAAACUUUGAAAGUUCCUGACGUCUCAAUUGUCGAAACUUCUGCCGAAUUGCUUUACGGUCUCAUACAUCAGCGGUAUAUUAUUACGCGUCAAGAUAAAUAUGAAUCUGGGCAUUUUGGUUGUUGUCCCAGAGUAUAUUGUCAAUCGUGUUCUGUCAUUCCAUGCGGACGAACCGAUACACCAGGACUAGAAACCGUGAAACUAUUCUGUCCUAAUUGUCUUGACUUAUACGGUCCACCUAGUUCAAGAUUUCAUAAUGUUGAUGGAGCCUUCUUUGGCACAACGUUCCCUCAUCUCCUUUUCCAACAAUACCCGGGUUUACUUCCCAACACACCGGCGAAAGUAUAUGAGCCAAAAAUCUUUGGGUUUAGGGUUAAUGAAAGAAGUCGUAGUGGACCUAGGAUGCAAUGGUUGAGGAUGCGCCCAGGUGCAGUGGAAGGUGAUGUGGAGGGUCAAGAUCAAUCGGAAGGUGGAGGUGGAAAUGAUGAUGGCGAAGAUGACGAAUCCCUGUUAGGUCCUGGCGGCGGGGAGAAUAAUGGAUCACCAGGAACCACACGAAAAGCAGAAUAUAAUCCUCCAGCCCUUGAUAUGGAAUUGGGUCUGGGAAGUAGCAAGGGUGGAACAAAGCAAAAUUUGAAUGGAGAAGCGGAUAAGCAAGAAAAAUCUUUGAAUCAAAAGCUUUCGUCCGCACGAGAAGCGGGUCGUCUGCGCGAGGUUAAUCUUGGAAUGUCUCCCUUGACAAAAUUGAUACCGACUGUUGUGACCACUCCUACUCAAUCAUCCAUAUCCAUAUCAACGAAUGAACUUUCACCUCCUUUGGGUUCCAACGCGAAAGUUGAUUUUGUUAAAAGUAAAGACAAAACAUUACAAACCGUAUUUUCUGGUAAGGAAUGUGAGGAAAGAUCUAGAAUUAAAGUUAAUUUCGAGGGGGGAGAUACAGAACCGGUGGGGAUAGAAGUUGCAAGUGUAAAAGAAAUGAGAAGAGACUUUUUUGAUAAAUGGACGGGUACAAAUAUUAAUAGCAGUGUGUUAGAUUCUACAGAUACCCUAACGACACGAACAGAAGCAACAAUUAAUGAAGUAUUAUGA